CUAGUCCUGCUUCUCUUGGAGCUUGGGAGAGGAUUGCAAUUCUGCCAAUUUGCGACAUAUCAUGCAGGAAUAGGAAGGAGGUCAAGACAAUUGUUGUGACCACGGUGGAGAUGUCACUCAGAAGAUAAAACUCUGUCGGUUGUCCUUGGUUGCUCUUCGAAUAUUGGUUCGUAAGGCUUAGACCAAGAGGUGGGGGUCGCAAAGACUUAAGUGGUGGAUUCCUCGCACGGUGCCGCGGGCGGGCAGCCGCCUGUGGAACCUGUUAAGAUGAAGGGCCUCCUCAAGGGCCUCCGAUACAUCUCGCAAAUAUUCGAUCCCAAGGAGCCGGAGAUCCAGAUCGGGGCCCCGACGGACGUGAAGCACGUCGCGCACAUCGGCUGGGACAACAACUCCGUCGCCAACCCCGCCUGGAUGAGCGAGUUCAAGGCGCAGCCGGGGGCGUCGGGGAGCGGCGGGCCGGAGGGCGCCGAGCAGCCCGGUGGAGGCGGAGGAGGAGGGGCAGGCAAGGCGGAGCAGUCGGAGGCGAAGCCUCGGCGGACGAGAGGGAAGGGGUCGGGUGGCGCAGAGGGGAAGCGGGACGUGUCGCGGCGGCCGGCGAAGACGGAGGGCUCGGCGGAGGCAGGGGAGGGGGACGCGGCGGCGCCGAAGCAGCGGCGGAGGAAGUCCAAGACGGCCGGGGGCGCCUCGGGGGGCCGGUCCAAGUCGGGAUCGGGAGGAGCCGCGUCGGACCCGGAGGCGGCGAAGUCGGCCUCCGCGGAGGCCGACGACGACGGCCGCUAG